AUGUCGACCAUCGACACAGGCCUGGACCCCCACCCCACAGGCGCCGCCGCCGCCUUCGCGGCCGCCCACAGCGCCUCGCACCCGCUCAAGCUCUACGGCAGCUGGUUCUGUCCCUUUGUGCAGCGCGCCUGGAUCGUCCUGGCCGAGAAAAAGAUCCCCCACCAGUACAUCGAGAUCAACCCGUACAAGAAGGAAGCCGGGUUCAUGGCGCUGAAUCCAAGGGGGUUGGUCCCCACGCUCAAGAAGAAGACAAAAGCGCUGUAUGAGAGCACGGUUGUCUGCGAGUACCUCGAUGAGCGGUACGUUGGCGGUGACGAAGGCAGGUUGAUGCCCGAGGAGGAUGUCUAUGAGCGCGCGCGGUGCAGGUUGUGGAGCAACCACAUCGUUACGCGGAUCGUCCCGGGCUUUUACCGGCUGCUGCAGCAUACCGAGGACAAGGGAUAUCCCAUUGAGGAGGCGCGGGCGGAGUUAUUGAAGGGGUUGAGGGAGUUCGCCGGGGAGAUGGUGGAUCAGAGCCCUGACCCGGAAGGGCCGUGGUUCCUCGGCAGCAAGUUCAGUCUUGUCGACGCCAUGCUCGCGCCGUGGGCUAAGAGGUUGUUCUUGAUUGACCACUACAAGCCGGGCGGGGUGGGGAUUCCGAAGAAGGGGAAGAGAGGGGACGAUGAGGCGGUUUGGGAAAGAUGGUAUCGCUGGUUUGAUGCGGUGGUGGAGCGCGAGAGCGUCAAGGCGACGUGGAGUGAUGAGGAGAUGUAUAUCAAGGCGUAUAAGCGCUAUGCGGAGGAUAAGACGCAGUCUGAGGUGGGACAGGCGACGAGAAAGGGGCGAGGGCUGCCCUAG